AGUGGUUUUCAUCUGGAUCUACUGCAUCCGGAUUACCUCAACGGGGAAAUAAUAGAAGGAUUGCAGGUCCAAGUCCCUGGAGAGCGUGUGUUUUUCUGGUAGAAGAGCAAGGUGAUUUGAAUCCAGACUCUUGGGAGCUUAGGAUAUUUCACAGUUCUGAAUGUUAGCAACUGAAAAUGCCUGUAGACGAUGAAGCAUCUGAAGAUGACUCGGAUUCAAUCUCUUCAAAUAGUGAAAAAACCUACAUUUUCAAAUAAGAGAGCAUAACAAUUUCUGUACAAUAUGGAAGAUUUUGACUUGGUGAAACCCUUACAAAAAACUUCUGUAGAGUCUGAUGUCAAAAAUUCUCUUUCUCUUGGACUGAGCUUAAAUACUAAUAGCAGAAGUAGUCCCCACUUUAGUACAAAUGGGGUAUCCUCUUUCUCAGGGAAGACCAGACCAUCCGUAAUUCAAGGUACUGUUGAAGUCCUAACCUCUUUAAUGCAAGAGCUGCAAAACAGUGGAAAGACUGAUUCGGAACUUUGGAAAAACUGUGAGGCCAGGUGGUUACAACUCUUCAAUUUGGUGGAAAAGCAGUGCCAGGAACAGAUAGUUGCCCAGCAAGAACAGUUCCACAACCAAAUUCAAUGUAUACAGGAGGAGAUAAAAAAUUUAGUCAAGUUACAGACCAGUAAUGCUUCCUGGACUUCCUAUGAUAGAAGUUCUUUAAGCAAACAGAUAUCUUUAGAAAGGCAAAUGGGUUUUUUUUCUGAAAACAGUGAAAGAAAUGAAUCUGUUAUCAGUUACCCUAAGUCUGACGAACCUGAAAGGCAGCAAGAAGCAGCCACAUCACAACCAGACUGCAAUGUGGAUAGUAGCUCCGUGAGCAGUGGGUAUGGCACCUUUUGCGUCUCAGAGUUAAAUGCCUACAAAUCAAAGGACCCUCAAGAAUUCAUGGAGCACACAGAGGUUUCGCAAGGACAGUAUGGGGCCCCAGUGGUGCAGACGGGGUCACUUGUAGAUGGUGUAAAAAGCAAGAGUUUCUACAUGCAUCCUCCCGAAGAGUUUUGUGCCUCUUUAAAGGACGAUAUUUCCAUUUUUCAUGGUGAAUUUGAGCACAAUUUUUUUGGUGAAAAUAAGAUUUCAGAAGUAUACAGUGGGAAAGCAAAUAGUAGCAAAGCUAUAACAUCGUGGGCGCAAAAGCUGAAGCAGAACCAACAAAAGAGAGUGCCUGCAGAAGAAGGAUGUUCAACAUCUAUGCAAGGAAAUGAGCAAACCAAGAAAUCGCCAGUGGAGAAAUCUGAUUUCACCGCUGCUAUGCAUUCCCGUGCAUUUUACCUCACUAAACCAGAUGAAAGUCCAAAUUCUUGGAUGUCUGAUUCAGGAACAGGACUGAGUUAUUGGAAGCUGGAGGAGAAGGACCUGUAUCACUCUUUGCCCGAGGCACCGUCCUCCUCCAUGGAUGCGUCACCCAGCCAGUCUAAUACUAGUAAUGAGAUGAAGCCACUACCGUCACUGAAGGAUAUUUAUCAUAAAAAACAAAGGGAAAACAAGCAGUUACCUGAGAGGAAUCUCACUUCUGCUUCCAACCCAAAUCACCCACCUGAGGUACUGACUCUCGAUCCAACGUUACACAUGAAGCCAAAUCAGCAGACACCAGGGAUUCAGCCACAGGGCUUUCUGAGUGCCCUUGAUGACAGAAUAGCCUUUUCACCAGACUCUGUGCUAGAACCUAGUAUGUCCAGUCACUCUGACAUAGACUCGUUUUCACAAGCAAGUAACAUCGCUUCUCAGUUAUCUGGAUUCCCCAAAUGUCCUUCAAAUACAAAAACGUCCCCAGUGAACUCGUGGAAAAUUCAUGCAUUCCAAAAUGACAGUAGGACCAGUUCCACGUUUCCCUCAGCGUAUACUGUUACUAGUAAUGACAUCUCAGUCAACACUAUAGAUGAAGAAAGCACUGUCAUGGUAACUCCAGCCUCGGUCAGUCAGUCCCAGCUUCCAGGUACAGCCAACAGUGCCCCAGAAUGCAUUUCAUUGACUUCCCUGGAAGAUCCUGUGAUAUUGUCUAAGAUUAGGCAGAACCUGAAGGAGAAGCAUGCUCGACACGUUGCGGACCUCCGAGCUUAUUAUGAAUCAGAAAUAAAUAGUGUGAAACAGAAACUGGAGGCAAAAGAAGUUUCUGCAAUCGAAGAUUGGAAGAAAACCAAUCAAAUUCUUGUAGACAGGUGUAGCCAAUUAGGUAGUGCUCUGGACGAAGCUACUAGUCGUGUAAGAACACUUGAAAAUAAGAAUAACUUACUAGAAAUAGAAGUGAGUGAUUUCAGAGAACGCCUCAGUGCAGCCAGCAGUGCCUCCAAAAUUUUGCAGGAACGAAUCGAGGAAAUGCGAACAAGUAAUAAAGAAAAAGACAAUACCAUCAUUCGACUAAAAUCUAGACUGCAGGAUUUAGAAGAAGCUUUUGAGAAUGCUUACAAACUCUCAGAUGAUAAAGAAGCUAGACUAAAACAAGAAAACAAAAUGUUUCAAGAUCUCUUAGGAGAGUAUGAGUCCCUUGGAAAAGAACACGAAAGAGUGAAGGAUACGUUAAAUACAACCGAGAACAAAUUGCUUGAUGCACAAACUCAGAUUUCUGAUUUGAAAAGAACAAUUUCAAAACUUGAAGCUCAGGUGAAGCAAGUAGAGCAUGAAAAUAUGUUACGUCUUCGUCAUAAUUCUAGAGCUCCUGUGAGACCAUCACGUGCCAACACACUAGCAACCUCAGAUGUCAGCAGGCGGAAGUGGUUGAUACCAGGAGCGGAGUAUUCUAUCUUUACCGGCCAGCCUUUGGACAUCCAGGAUAGGAAAAUGGAUAACCAGCUGGAGGAAACCUGUAUUCCUGGGUACCAUUCUCCUCCGGAAAAGGAUUCUUCACCUGGAAGUUCACCAGCAAACUUACUGAUAAAAAAACAGAGAGAGACUUCAGACACACCAAUCAUGAGAGCUUUAAAAGAACUUGAUGAAGAAAAAAUAUUUAAAAAUUGGGGCACACAGACAGAGAAAGAGGACACUUCAAAUAAAUUGGUGAAUCCUCAGCAAACUGAAACAUCUGUCAAUGCAAGUCGGUCCCCAGAGAAAUGUGCUCAACAAAGACAAAAGAGAUUGAAUGCUGCUUCACAGCGAUCGUCCUCUCUGCCACCUUCAAAUCGUAAAUCAAGUACUCCAACAAAAAGAGAGAUUAUGUUAACACCAGUGACUGUGGCUUAUAGUCCCAAGAGAUCCCCUAAAGAAAAUUUGUCCCCAGGAUUUAGUCAUCUACUUAGCAAAAAUGAAAGCAGUCCGAUUCGAUUUGAUAUCCUUUUGGAUGAUUUAGAUACUGUUCCUGUGUCUCCAUUACCACGUACCAAUCCCAGGAAACAGCUCCAGUUUCUUCCUCUAGAUGACCUGGAAGAAAAAAAAUAUUCAGAAAAAGCCACCGACAUCCAUGUUAAUCAUAACUCCUCCUCCGAACUGUUGCCAAAUGGAGUGAAGAAAGUGUCUGUGAGGUCAGCCUGGGAGAAGAACAAAUUUGUGAGCUACGAGCAGUGUAAGCCUGCUUCAGUAGCACCUCAUGGCAGUGACUUUGAGUAUACUGCAAAAAUCAGGACGCUAGCUGAAACAGAACGGUUUUUUGAUGAACUUACAAAAGAAAAAGACCAGAUUGAGGCAGCACUAAGUCGAAUGCCUUCUACUGGAGGACGAAUCACUUUGCAGACAAGACUGAAUCAGGAAGCCUUGGAAGACCGUUUGGAAAGGAUUAAUCGAGAACUGGGUUCAGUUCGCAUGACAUUAAAGAAAUUCCAUGUCUUGCGCACCUCUGCAAAUCUUUGAGAUUUGUAGCCAUUAAAUUUUGAGACAUUUUUGUUUGCACUAAUGUAUAAUUAUGCACUCAGAAAAGGCAAACUAUUUUGUACUGUUUAUAAGCCUUCAGACUGUAGUUUUACAAUCAUGCUAUUCUUUAACUUGCUAUUUUAUACUUCAAAUGGCCACAUAUUUUCAAGAUAUUUUUGUUAUGCUCAGGAAUCUCUUAUAUAUUUUACUAUUUAAAAAAUAUUAUUUUCAAAUAGUAUAUGUCUCCAAUUUGUAUCACGAAUAAGGAAGUGUAAUUGGGAGGCAGCUUGUUUCUAAACAAAUAGUGUUAUCCUUUUACAAUUUGCACACCAAUUUUGUAAACUUGUUAGACAUUGUGAAUAUGAUUUCUUUUUAAAUGCUUAAGAAUAGCUUCUAUAGAUAGACUAAUACAUGCUGAAUGCAGAAAAAAUUACAGCAUACCCUGGAGUUUAGUAGUUUUGAGGUUUUUUAAAAAAUGGUAAUGUAAUUCCUAUUUGGAACAUUUGUCGUAGAGUGAAUAUUAGAUUAGUAAUAAUGGAAAUAUUGGAAAUGAUGGAAUACUGGAAAGCUUUGAAAAUGACACGACUAACUCAUUUUGUUUCCCUUAAACUUUAUUAUUUGUAAGAAAAGAAAAAUGAGAUGUAAUUUUUAAUUUUGUCACAUGUAUUACUUUCCGGAAAAAGUUAAAUAGUUGGAAAGCUGCAGCUUUCUCUCAUCAUUCUGAAUGUAAAAUUGACCACCCUUGACCAUAAAUGGAUAGAUAAAUCUUUGAUGAAAUACAGGUCACCACCCAGUGAGGUUGUGAAAGCAGCCCUGGUUUCCUCAAUGUACCUGGCUUCAGCUGUCAGUCAGUCACCAUGUGACAUUUUAAACCCCUCUCCACCCACUCCAUCCCUGCCCGAAAGAAAAAGAAAUACUCCCAUAGUAGGUGCUGUGAGAACACUAGGUCAACCACCUGCUCUGCUUCUUAGUAGAAGGGGAUGUGUGUAGACCACACCUGGUGUCUUGACCUUGGUCUUGCUGGAGACCCGGCUCACUGCCUGGGCAGUACCUCCUGUGCUCCAACCAGGAGCUCUAGCAGGUGUACUGACUGCUGGUCCCAUGUGGGCUGCUUACCUGUCACCGUUUGGGUGGCCAGUCAGAACCCAGGGCCCACACCUUCAAGCUCUGUUGAUAAACAGACUCAUUCCAUACUUUCACAAUUCCCCCUGAAAACGCUCAGGUUUAAAUUUUGGUUUACUUUUGAGCCUUUUCUCCUGUGUGGCUCUUAAUAGCAUGUAGUUAUAACAAUGCCAAGCCCACGUUACUCCAUUAGGGUAUAUGUAUGCCUUCAAGCAGGAAUCCCCAAUUAUUUUUGAGCUCCCGACACCAAAGCUUCACCUGGCUGCGCUCCAGGCCUGGGGCCUGCAGCCACGCUCCCCUCCCUCCUUGUGGGAGUCUUAGCAAGGAGGGGGCCUCUGACAGCUGCCUGUUUGCUCCCAGCCAAGAAUUGAACCUUUGCUCCCAACUCCUACAACCAUUUGAAGACAUCAGCUACUGAGAAUUAUUCAUUAACAGAAUCAAGUGCCUUUAUUCUAGACAUUUUUUUAAAUCUCCUAGUUACACUAAAGAAAAGGUUCAUUUUAGUCAAGCUCCAGUGUGGCACUGUGUUAAGACAUAAAGAAGGGAUUGGCUUUAUUGGUGAUAUUCCCUUUACUCUGUUCCUAUACAUGACAUUAAAAACUAGCUCGAAAGUUACUAGGCUGUUUCACUGUUCUUGAAUCCUAUUGUGAAGUCUACUACAUUCUUAAGAAUAAAGAAAUUGUCAUUUCAGAAGAGGUCAGAGCGUUCUCAAGGAAUUCUCUUCUUAGUAGUAGUCUAUACUGGCUUAUUCCAAGAAAGGUGUUAAGUGCUAUCAAAACGUCUCCCGUGCCUCUCAGAAAAACUAUGCUUUGAUUUUUGAAGUGUGUGGUAUUAAUAGAUUGGAAAUACCAGUCCCUUAUUUUUUUUUUUUAAGAAAUUUUAGUUUUUUCUUUGUAGCUAUGAAGAGGGAAACCAAGGAAAGUCCUUUCAGCCAUCUUUCCCUUUGGGGAUGUUUAACUUAAGGAACACUGGAUUUAACAGCCACUCAACCUAAAAGCAGGAAAGGUGUCAAUCUUAAAAAGCAACUACUGUCCCAGGGAGGUAAACUGCUUUUGAUGCCACUGGAGCUGAGCUGCAUUUAAUAAAGAAACCUAAGUGAAUCUUCCACUUGGGGGGAAGUGCCUUUUUAAAAUGCAAAUAGUUAGCUCUCUCCCGACACCUGCCUCUGCCCCUUUCCCCUUCCUUAGGAGGCAGCCUGAAGUGGGGAAAAGUCCUUUGGGAUCUCCGGUUACAGCUUAAAAUGAGUGUUCCGGUUGGAACAGUAGUAGACAAAGCUACGCUCCUGCGUGCCAUACGCUAAGAAUGUGCAGGGCGCUGGAGUGCCAGGCAACCCUGGGUCCCACCCUGGCGCACGCCUGCCUUCUCCGUAAGUGACAGAUGAGCAGAUCAGAACCUUCCUUCCUUUCAGGGAGAUCAUGUAAAGUGCCUGGUGCUGAGUAAACUUUCAAUAAAUAGUACAUUUCAGCUUCAUCCUGAGUUAAAUAAGCUUUUGAAGUAGCGAUUCAGGACUUUUUAAAUAGUAAAGUAGAUUGUGUACUAAGCAGUUGACUUAAAAACUACCUUGGGUUGGUUGACAUUUCCGUUAGGGGAUCUAAGAUGUUCUCUCCACCUCUUUGCAAAAAAAAAAAAAAAAAAAA